ACGGCCGCCGCGCAAGAUCAAACGACCGCAUCACAACAAUGGCCGCCCUGAUGGAGGCCCCGCUGGACACGACGCAGAUGGACGACGAGGAGCAGCUCGAGGAGAUGGAGGAGGAGGAGGCCGGCGCCGCCUUCUUCCACGUCACGGAGCUCGAGAACCACGGCAUCAGCCGCCAGGACACGCAGAAGCUCGCGGCCGGCGGCUUCUGCACGGUCCAGUCCGUCGCGUACGCGACGAUCAAGAAGCUCUGCGAGGUCAAGGGCAUCUCCGACACCAAGGCCCAGAAGCUGCGCGAGAUCUCCUACAAGCUCGUGCCGUCGACGUUCGUCACCGCGGCCGAGGAGCUGCAGCAGCGCCAGCAGAUGAUCAUGCUCUCGACGGGCUCCAAGGAGCUCGACAAGCUCCUCGAGGGCGGCAUCGAGACGGGCUCGCUCACGGAGCUCUACGGCGAGUUCCGCACGGGCAAGACGCAGCUCUGCCACACGCUCUGCGUGACGGCGCAGCUGCCGCUGGACCAGGGCGGCGGCGAGGGCAAGGCCAUGUACAUCGACACGGAGGGCACGUUCCGGCCCCAGCGGCUCCAGGCCAUCGCGGAGCGCUACGGCGUGAGCCCCGAGAUGGUGCUCGAGAACGUCGUCUACGCGCGCGCGCACAACAGCGAGCAGCAGUGCGAGCUGCUCAAGCAGGCCUGCGCGCUCAUGUCCGAGGACCGCUUCUCGCUCCUCAUCGUCGACUCGGCGACGGCCCUCUACCGCACGGACUACAUGGGCCGCGGCGAGCUCAGCGAGCGCCAGAUGCAGCUCGCGCAGUUCCUGCGCCAGCUCACGCGCAUGUCCGCCGAGUUCGGCAUCGCCGUCGUCCUCACGAACCAGGUCGUCGCCAACCCCGACGGCAUGUCCUUCGCCAAGGACGCGACGAAGCCCAUCGGCGGCAACAUCAUCGCGCACGCGAGCCACACGCGGCUCCAGCUCAAGAAGGCGCGCGGCGAGAACCGCGUCUGCAAGGUCAUCGACUCGCCCUCCAUCGCCGAGUCCGAGGCGUCCUUCUCCGUCGGCGGCGCGGGCAUCGCCGACGCCGUCGAGUGAAGCGGCCAAGAAGUCCACCAAGCGCGCCCAUACGACGAGUCCCCCCCUAAGACCCACGACACCCGACA